AGGACAAAUCAGUUUCAAAUAUCGAAUACGCCAGUGUCAAAAUUUCAGUAAAAAUGUGAACACUGAAAAAAUAUUAACACUCGUAUUAAACAUUUCCCAUCCAUACAAUAAUAUCCGGGAUGCAGCUACUUCAUGAAAACAACGUCUUGAUGUCCAUCAAAGAUAACAUGAACGCGAACGUUACGCUGAAAGAUGUGUCAUCCGACAACUUGGAAGUUAAAGAGAGGAAAUCCUCGAAUGGUUCUCUGUUGCCGAUGAACCCAGUGGCUAGUGGAGACAACGUCACAACCGGCCUAAACUCGGCCCAUAAGCUGAAGGAAGAACUUCCGCCUCUAGUACCAUGCUGCGAAGGCCGUGAAUUGCAGAUUAACGAGGAUCUGGUACGCAGCGGGUUGUCUGCGAUCUCGGUGAAACACGACAGCGUGAUACAAUGUUUGAGCAUGUCCCGCGCAUGCGAGAGGCUGCAGGUACCUCCUGGCGCCGUAAAGCAUCGCAACUCGUUUCGUUGUCUUCACCGGCCAGAUUUGAAGAGAGUGCCCUAUCUGCGGCGCAUGACGCCCGACGAACUAGAGACCCUGUUCAGAGGAUACUCCGAUUUGCCUGCGAGAGUGACAAAGCUUGACAGUCGAAACGAAACAAAAGUCUUGCUGCCACCAUUUGAGAGCAAUCCCGGAAAAGAUAAUAAAGAAUCUAUGAAUCAGAGUAAUGGUGCAGGUUUGCGUCCGGUACCGGAGAGCCGGUCCGGCGCAGAGGAGUUGCCCGCGGGCAUGCGACUACACGGCGCGCGGGCACGCCUCUACACCUCCGUACUGGCCAGCGCACGCGCCGGGGACCAGCUCGAGUAAUCGGUAACGUAACAACAAACGAAGAAUAUGAUGCCGGUGUAACAGACGAUCCUUUGCCCGAAGACGAAGUGCAACUCAACGAGGAACUACAGAUAAUUCUGCCGCCGAGAUGCGAUGACGUCACAGCCGAAUCCUCCACCACAUCGAACAGCUAAGCGCAGUAAACAAUGAUAAUGACCAUAAUACAUUUAUGAAGUUUAUACGAAACCGAUUUGCCUUUAGAGCGCGAUGGAAAUUGAAGAUAAUACAGUUUUCAAGAAGAAAUUUUUGCAGAUUAAUCAUGUAUGUGGGCUGGAUUUUGAAUGAUUUUGCUAAAAGUGAUUAAAAAGUAAAAUUUUAUUA